CGCUAGCUAUAGUAUGGUGCAUUAAUUGUGGAAGUAAAAUGACUAAAUGCUAAUCAAAUUCAACCAAAAUGUUGAUUUAAAUAUUUUGGGCGGUUUUUUGUGUGCUCGGGCGGGUUUUGGACAGUUUUGGGCUGGAAACCAUCAACUCUAUCUGGCAACACUGAAACCCGCGCAAACACCAUACUUCCGGCUACACUAUUUGUACAACCUUCUGCUGUAAUGUUAAGUUUCUCAUGUUAAACUUCAUUUUCACUUGGGUAAUCUGUUAAUAUUGCAGACUAUUUAGUAGCUAACCUGAAAUGGCACGAGAUAUCAGCAACUCUUGGAAAACAACUGUUAUAAUCAGCACUUCACCUCAGUGCGAUGAGCCCUCGCAGAUUCUCUUGGCACAUCAGCACAUAAUUCGUCGCUCGGACAGCAUUUUGCCCUCUUCUUUUGUAUUUCCCAUGUCAGGCACAGCAUUCUUACUUGUCACACCUGACGAGUUUCCUGCAAAUUCUGAUAAUGCAGAGCUGUUUGAGAGAAUUGAAAAGUUUACACAGGUCCACAGAAAUAGUUUUCUGCUGCUGCAAGCCCCAGUCUACGAGAAAAGGGAGUGGAAGAUUUUAUUAUCGGUGCAGAACAGAUUUCUUGGAUGUAACCUUAGAGUCUUACCUGUGCAUAGUACUACUGAUGUAGUGAAGGGAAUGCUGGUCAUUGCUAAAGCUACAAGUAAACCCCAUGUGGAGAAUUCGAAAGAUCAGAUGGUUUUGGCUUGUGAUUACAUCAUUGAUCAUAGUCCUGUUUGGCAAAUGCUUGAAAAGAUGCAGCUCUGUUAAGAGCAUUGUUGUAUUUUCUGUUCAAG